GCUCCCAACCAGUCCUCAUGUUCACAUUGGUACUACUGUGAAGCUUUACAUAAACACAGAGGGACACACAGUGGGCUGGACGGCGGACAAGACCGUAACUUCGUGUCGGUUUCAGCCUUCUUUUGUUAUUAUGGUGCAGUUUUCUUCGUGAAUGUAUAUCGACCACCACAGCCAAACAAUGAGGGGCAUCCUUAAGAGAAAGUUUGCAGAGGUAGAUGACAAUCCCUGCUACUCCUCCUCCUCUCCUCCGUCCUCCCUCUCCUCCCCUGCCUCCUCAGAGUGGGAGUCUGAUGGGGAGAGCAGCUCCUCUGACAACCAGGACUUCACACCUCACAGCCCAUCUCCACCCUCCAGUUUACCCAUUCGGUCCAUCCUGAAGAGACCCAAACAUGCAGGCACACGGUGCAAUGUGCACUUUGACCAAGUGACAGUGUUCAGUUUCCCACGCUGCCAGGGAUUCACCAGUGUGCCCAGCCAUGGAGGUGCCACCCUGGGCAUGAUACAGAGACACAGCACCCUCCAAAGAUACACGGUGGCAGAACAUACACUGGAACAACGGCACAGACGCCGAGACAGACUCAGAGAGAGGCUGAGAGAAGAGAGGUUUGAGGCAUUGAGGCACAAACUGAUCGCCAGUGAGGCCAUUGACCAGAGAGAAGCAGACAGGCUUACGGGGGAUCAAAUCCCAGAUGAUGACGCUGAGGUCCACAUCAGCGAUGCUGACCUUGAAGAAGGAGUUUUCCUUCAGCCAUACUCCUCCAGACAGCGGCAGGCUCUCUUCCAAGCAGCAGGAGUGAAGCGCAUAGACAGGGAGGAGAAGAAGCAGCUUCAUGCCCUGCGUCUCUCCAGGAAGGCCUGUGGGUGUGACUGCCGAGGCUUUUGUGAGCCAGAGACUUGCGCAUGCAGUCUGGCAGGAAUCAAGUGUCAGGUGGAUCGCUUCAACUUCCCAUGUGGUUGCACUAAGGAUGGCUGUGGAAACACUCAGGGGCGCAUUGAGUUCAAUGCUAGACGUGUACAGACUCAUUACAUCCACACCACCAUGAGACUGGAACUGGAAAGGCGAAUGCAGAAUGAAACACUGAGCCAAGAGGACCAGACAGAACUUCCAGAGGACCUUCAAGAGUAUGAGGACCAGGAUGAUGCCCACAUGGUGCAGAGUGCACAGGACAAAAGCUGCCCCUUCGGGUUCACUAUGGAGGAAGACGGUCUUUCUCUCACCAUGCCCACCACUCCUUCCUUUCAUUUCAUCCCAGAGCGGUUGGUAGUGGAGGAGAACAGCUGCAGCAGCGACAUGACUGAAGCCUCUUGCACCUCCUCUGACUCCGAUGCAGGAGGAUGCCUUAGUGGGAGUCAGAGUCUCCCUGAAGUUGAUGGAGGGUUGUCAUGUGCCCUCAGCAUCUCUGACAGUAAUAGCUACUCUUCAUGCAGCCAUCCAAGGCACACAGGAGAACCACUGACAAAGCACAUCUGCAAAUCAGCCACUUACAGCACCCCUACUGACAGUGUGGGACCACUGACAGCCAACACGCUCACAGACAAUAUAAGCAGGACCUCAGUGACAGAUUACCUUGAUGAGAAUGCGAACCAAUCCAGAGACUUCUUUGACGAUGACUCUUUUGAGGGCUUCCCUAACACUCCCUCCCCCACUGUGGACUAUUCCUCAGGCAGGUACAUGGACCUGAGUCUCUCCUCAGACUCUGACCUGGAGUUCUUUGACAGUGACUACACCUCUGGACCUCUGCACAGCUCAUUUAAAGUACACAGACACCCGGACAGCUUCUGCCAUCUCCAGCUCUUCAGCUCUGUUAAUUUGCCACAGCAUGAGUCGAGCACCUACCUCCUGGAAUCUCUGAUCGGCCUGACUGAGCCAAGCCCAGAGCAGGGUCAUGCAGUCAGUGAUACGCAGAUUCUAUAGCUGAUUCAAGACAUUCUGGUGACAUAACAAGGAACUGUCAAAGAGAAUUUAAUGUAUGAAGCAAAUCUUUUAUGUAUUUUUAAGAAUAUUUCAAUGUACAAUGAAUGAUUGAUAAUUUUUUUUCUAUUUGGAUAAUUUUUCUAUUGUAUAAAAAUAAAUUUGCCUUUGCUUCAGAGAAGAUACACUUGAGUAAUUCAUAUAUGACUUGUUGUCUGAACGUACGUGAUGGGCUCUGAAAUGUUUUUGAAUUUCUUAUACCAUGACCAGAUUUGAAUUGGAUAGAAGGUGUGUAUUAUUUUCAAAGAAGCACUCGGCUCUGAUGCAGCAGCCUCAUCAUCACAAGGUAAAACACAUGGCUAGAAUGUUUGUCAAACUACAAUUUUCAGAUUUUUGGAGUAGUUGUUGAAAGUUUUAUUUAUUACGUGUUGCCUCAGAUAUCAACAAAAAAUUAAUUGUGGAUUAUCUUCUAUAUGUGUAAUAAUGUGGUUAGAAUAUUUCUGUACUGGAGUAAUAAAAUAAUAUUUUUAUUUAUUUACUCAC